AAGGGUUGAUUUUCCUUCUCCUAUACACGCCAAUGCUUACAGCCAAACAACCACCCCUCCGUAUGCGGGUCCAUCACAUUUUUCUUUUGCCAGGCGGUAAAGAAAACGACAAAGACUCUCUAAAGAAUAGAAAAAUUUUGUCGAUACCGAGCGAGCCAAAGACGACGAGAAAUGGGAAAAUUUUCACUGUUUUGUUGUUAAAGUGUAACAAAAAAAAAAAGAAAUAUAAAAUAAUAAAUAUUAUUAAUUUAAUUUUGAUUUUAUUUCGCUUCCGACACACAACAAAACCAAUUAAAAUCAUCACACAGUCUGCAUCUGUUCCGCAAACGAAGAAAUAGCAAUUCGAUUUAAGUGAAAUUCAGCGAUUUAUUUUUUCCUCUUAUUUGCAAAAGGCAGUGAAAAACGAGAAAAUUUUGUGUUAACAAGAAAAAAAAAUAUUUUUGCAAGGAGUGCUACCGAACGAAACGAGAAAAAAACGAAAAAAGUAAUAAAAUUAUAUAUUUAAAACAAUAACACGUGCCCCUCUAUUUUCUGUUAUAAAAAUAUCGAAAAACAAGCUUUGUGGAAAUACUUCGAGUAAGGCCCCUCCCCAGUUUCAUAAACGAAGUAUACCCUAUGAAAGAAAUGGAAACCUCUAUUGAGUCUCCUUUUGAAUAAAAUACAAAAAGUGGAUAUUUUCAAUAGAUCCUCCAAUUAGUGAUUCACUUAGUUCCUGACUUCGUCCUCGACAGUUUAUCUAAAACAUUGUGCUGUCUACUAUCAACAUCUUCAUUGUAGCUGGUCCAGGUUCAAGGUUGACAUUCCUCAACACACAACAACCACCACAUCUAAUCCUCACAGGGAAACGGACUCCCAAUUUGGUUUGGCUAACGCCUAAUUCCUCCGUGUGAGCCCGCUAAGGCCUCACUUCUCUCAUGGCCGGUGAUAUGUCCACAGUUGGAUGUGCUGCCCUCAAGAAAUCGGCCAAACAGAAACUUUCCAGUGACAAAGAGAACAAUUCCAGCAUCACAAAUGCCGUUGGUAAUCGCAAGGAAAAUGGUCAUCUGGCUAUGAAACCACCAAAUGUUCCACCGCUAAAUAUGCGCGGAGGUCUAAGGGUCUACAAGAUUGUCAUUCUGGGAGAUGGUGGUGUCGGGAAAUCGGCUGUUACUCUGCAAUUUGUCAGUCACAACUUUUUGGACUAUCACGAUCCGACAAUUGAGGACUCAUAUCAACAGCAAGCCGUCAUCGACAAUGAAGCAGCCCUUUUGGAUAUACUCGAUACUGCGGGACAGGUGGAGUUCACGGCUAUGCGUGAUCAAUACAUGCGAUGUGGAGAGGGAUUCAUAAUUUGUUAUUCCGUCAUCGAUCGGCAUAGCUACGAAGAGGCUUCGGAAUAUCGCAAACUAAUACAGAGAGUUAGAUUAACCGAAGAUAUUCCCUUGGUGUUGAUUGCCAAUAAAAGUGACCUCGAAUCUCUACGAAAGGUUUCCACGGAAGAAGGACGCAAUUUGGCCAAUCAAUUUGGCUGUCCAUUUUUUGAAACAUCUGCCGCUCUGCGUCUCUACAUCGAUGAGGCGUUCUAUGCUCUGAUUCGUGAAAUACGACGCAAAGAAAAACAACGGGCCCUGGGCAAUGGUACCAGUUCGGAAAAGUUACAUUCCCGACGACGAAGUCGUUGGUGGCGUAUACGUUCGAUAUUUGCUUUGGUCUUUCGACGAAGACGUAAUUUAAAUUAAGCCCAAUCGGUUUGGAGUUUCUAGUUGUUAAAUGAAGACAAAACGCAACAAGCAGAAGAAGGAAGGAGAUGAAGCACAAGGAUAAAAUCGCCGCACAUAAGAGAUUAUCAGCCGUAAGCGCCCACUUUUUUUUGGUAGAGUAUGUUUAUAUAUUAUUAUUAUUAGAAGAAGAAGAAAAAGAAGCAGCAGCAAAACAAACAGGUAUAUAUUCUAUAAGUAAUAACAAACACUAUAACAAAACAAACACACACACACUCUAUACAGAUCUGUUAUAAUCAUAAGAAUUGAACUAAAUCUUAGUACGAGUAGCAUUAAUUUCUAGUACAUUAUUUCCUAGAGGAAGAGAGACGUAGAGAAAGAGAGAAUUGAGGGAAAGAAAAACGGGAGAGCGAUAUCAUUUAAUUCGUGUGGAAUGUUUUCGAUUAUUUUCUAUUGAAGUAUUAGAAAGGAGAGACAAAUUUUGUGGUCAAAGUUUAACUUAAAAUAGUCCUGAAAUGUUAUUAAUGUCCUUUGGCUCUAUUCUAGUUCAAUGAGAAUAUAUGUAAAGUCAAGAAAUAUCAAAUGAGAAAUUAUAUAAGGAAAAUAGUUUUCGUUUUGUUUUUACAUGUAACGAGAAGCCAGGACCUAAGACAUAGACCAGUAGUGCGAUUCUUUAAAUAAUUUUUGAGUUACUGACAAGAUCGUUUUCAUUGAGAUGCUUAUGAUUUCGGUAAUCAACGAAUUUUUCUUACGAAGCUAGCGACUAAAUUAAAGUAGUCGCUAAAUCCUACCGAUAGCAAUAGUGCUGUCAACUUCAACUUAGACUUUUCAUUCAUAAUUUUUCUUUUUAAUUUUGCCGAUAUUUGUUGAUAUCUCAAAAAAAGAGCUAGAUAAUCUCACUACCGGAGUCAUACAAUAAUGACGUUUACAAAAGACAAGAUAAUAGAGUUCUUGUUUUAUUUAUCGAAAUACCAAAAUUCGUCUUUAUGACAUCAGCCUCUCGAUAAUUGCUAAAUGAAUUCUGUGAUUCCAUGUUAAGCUGCAUCUUGAGAUCAUUGCCUAAUCAGACACAUAAUUUUUUGAUUUUCUGAAAAAGGACGGAAGCUUUUUUUGACAAUUUUCUUCCAUUUAAGACUUCUCAUCUAUGCCUGAGGACAUAACCUAGAAACUUUGUUUAAAAUAUUCAUAACUUAAGGUGAGAGUACAUAAAAUGAUUUUUUAACUGGAUUAAGUCAUCGGCUGGAUUCUUCGGAGAAGAACAUAGGAGAGUAGGGCCAAAAUCGAACUAAGUCAACCUAAAACUCAUUUGUUCCUCCACAAAGAAGCCAGCCGAUGACUUAAGCCAUUAGCCACCUUUAAGGUGAAAAUACAUAAAACGAUUUUCUGACUGGCUUCUACGGAAAAGAAUAAUGGCGACUAGGCCGAAAUCGAACUAAGUUAACCUAAAACUCCUUAAACCCGUCAAAAAAGAUCUUUAUGUACUCUCCGCCUUAGUACUUUCCAUAUCGACGAUCCUGAUUUCUAAGUAUUAGAAUUUUCCUAGUCAAACAUAUUUGUUUUUCUCUUUUAUUUAAGAAACUUAGAGUAUUUAUUAAAACUACAAGUUAAACUAAAACGAAUUGACAUCAAACAUAUGUUCCAUACUUGCAUACUAUUUAUAAUUAAAAAUCAAAAAAAAAAAAACAUAUUUUGUCUCAUAAAGAUUGGCUGAAUCAUAGUAGCCGCAUUUGAAAUUAAAAUCUUAACCCAUAAACUGUUCGGGAAUGGCAAGCGAGUUUUACUUAUUUAACAUUUAUAAAGGUGAGAAUACAUAAAACGAUUCUUUGACUAGAUUAAGUCAUCGGAGUAGUACAUCGGCUACUACCGGUAUUCUUCCACAAUGGCAAUAACCAUGGUAGAAGCACUUAGGUAGACGCAUCGACACAGCUGCUGGUACAAUGAACUGUCAAA